AUGUCCGAAACCGAAUCCAAGACUUCUCAGAUUUCAGAGGAGGUACCCAAGUUUCUCAAACUACGUGGCGAAAGACUCAAUACUGCGAUCACCUCUUUAUGUGGCGUGGGUUUUUUUCUUUUCGGGUAUGAUCAGGGUGUAAUGGGAUCGCUUCUUACACUUCCCACCUUCAGAGCUCGCUUCCCUGAAAUGGAUACUGUUUCCAACGAGGAACAGAGUUAUGCUAUCUGGCAAGGGUGGGUCAUUGGCUGCUAUGCAGUGGGUUGUUUGGUAGGUGCUCUCUGUACGAUGUAUCUUGGUGAUAAGUUUGGCAGAGUCAAGAUGAUUUUCUGGGGAUGUGUUAUAAUUAUUAUUGGUGGCGUCUUACAGGCAGCAGCGAUGAAUACUGACUUUUUGAUCGUGGCUAGGGUCAUAUCUGGUGUGGGUAACGGGUUACUCACUGCCACGGUGCCUCUUUACGCUGCCGAGUGUUCGAAAGCCGCAAGCAGAGGAAAAUCGCUUUGUAUUCAUGGAUCCUUGAUUACCUUUGGAAUUGCCGUUUCAUAUUGGAUAGACUUUGCUUUUUACUUCACAGAGCAGUUUGGUGAAGUUUCAUGGAGAUUUCCCAUUGCAUUCCAACUUAUCUUCCCACUUGGAAUUGCUUGUUUUGGAACUACGUUCCCCGAGUCUCCCAGAUGGCUUAUGGGUCAAACCAGAGCUGAGGAAGCUUCCAGGGUAUUUGCCUCCUUGUACGACAAAACUCCAAAUGACCCUUUUGUGCAACGGCUAAUUGAGGACAUCUCUCAGAGUUUAGAUGCUGAAAAGAAAGCAGGUGGUAAUAAGUUCAGCGUAAAGGCACUUCUCAAACAAGGGAAGCAUAAAAACUUCCAAAGAGUCAAUUUGGCGGGCUGGUCUCAAACCAUGCAGCAGAUCUGCGGCAUCAAUUUGAUCACCUACUAUGCUGGUACCAUAUUUGAGGAGUAUAUCGGCAUGGACGCUUUAGAAUCACGUAUUUUGGCUGCCUGCAACGGUACUGAGUACUUUUUGGCGUCCCUCAUUCCUAUAUUCAUCAUUGAAAGGGUUGGAAGAAGAAAGCUAUUUAUAUUCGGUACCGCUGGCCAGUGCUUAAGUAUGUUGUUGCUUUAUGUUUGUAUGGAGGUUGCCCAUAGAGGCAAUGAUGGGGGUUCCAUUGGUGCUGCGGUCAUGUUGUUCGCCUUUAACUCCUUCUUCGGGAUGUCCCUUUUGUCGCUCACCUGGUUAUACCCACCUGAGGUAUCUUCGUUGGAGGUCAGAGCUCCCACCACUGCCAUCUCCACUGCCUGCAAUUGGGGUUUCAAUUUCAUGGUGGUGAUGAUAACUCCAAUCUGCUUCAACUCAAUAGACCAUCACACGUAUCUUAUUUUCUUUGCUAUUAACUUCCUCAUGGUGCCUGUGUUCUACUUCCUAUACCCAGAGACUAAGGGUAGGUCUUUGGAAGAGAUGGACUUGAUCUUUGCGGAGACAUCAGCCUGGAAGCCAUGGCAAUGUGUGAAGGUUGCUGCUACAAUGCCAUACUUUCACGAACGAGUCGAUACUGAAAGCAUUAAAGAGGAGAAACCUGCAAUUGAUCAUCACUCGAACAACAUGGUUUCACAUGAUGAGGAAUUGAAGGGUGACAACAAUGAUCAGCGGGAAAAAUAA